GACGCGGAACAAAGUACGGUAAAAGGCAGACAAGCACAUGUGUUUGGUUAGCCGGCAUUCAGUGUCUCGACUCUCGCGCCAACAUUGGUAGGACAGCAUCUUGGUCCAGUUACUUGAGAGGAAAUCCGGCGCGACGGUUUCAGAUGAGAUUCUUGUGAACCGCGCGGAAAAUGCCUAUGAAAAUGGGCGCACUCAGGACUGACAUGCCCCGAUUAUUGUGGUUGUGUUUGUUAGUGACUUUUUUGCUCGUUGUGGCCGAUCUGGGUUCAGCCGAAUCAAAUAAGGCGGAUUCGGAUCUAAUUUUUGAUAGUCUAGACCAACAAAAAUCAAUAGAUAUAGAAAAUACUCAACAUCAUACAGUGCGGCGAAGACAAGAAAGGCAUAUGCCUGUGGAAGAUGACCAACAUUGGCUCCUUGGCAGUUUAACCAGACUGAAGAGAAAUAUAGACAGUUUCUUAGGAAAAUCAAGACCAUCUUCAGCAUUACCAAGUCAUAAAAGACAUAUUAGGAAGAGGCAGGCAGACAAAAGACAAUCCGAAGAAAAAGAAGAUGAAGAUGAAGAUUACGGAAAUGGAGAAGACGAUAAUAUUGAUGAAGGUGAAGGGGAAGACGAUGAAUAUAAGGAUAAUGAUGAUGAGGAUGGCGACGUAGAUGAAGAUGAGUAUGAAGGUGUUCUUACGUUAGACAAUCAAACGCCAGAAGUUUCUACGACAACACAAUCUAGUCUUUUUGGUGGUCCUUGGUUCACAUUGAAACCAUCUUGGUUGACACUUCAACCAAGUAUUACCGAAGUACCUGAUCAGCAACAAGUUAUUUCUGAUAUGGAUGAUACAACAGAAAUUCUUCGAUCUACCGUUCCAGAAACUACGAGAAGAUUAGAGGAAAGUACGACAGAGCGUAAAGUAAAUAGUUUAGGUGGAAAUUGGUUCACUUUGAAACCUAAUUGGUUCACACUUCAGGCAAGAAAUGUCGAUGCACCUUCUUCCGAAACAACGUCAGUACCUUCCACUUCAACAGAAAGUGUUUCCUCUGGAUCUGGAUUUUCGCUCUUCUCUCCAUUCAAUAGGGAGAUGGAUAACUAUGUUUCUGAAGAUGACACGAGAAAUUCCUCUAAAGAACAACCAUCAACCAAUCUUUUUAGUUGGUUUACCGAUUCGAGUAAAACUACCGAACGUAGUAAUUCACAAGAACAGCAACAGAUAGACGAUAUACCAGGGUCAAAUGAGGUCGAGGUAUUUUCAGAAACAACACCAGCACCAACUUAUUUCGAUGGUGGUUCUUCUUGGUUGGGUGGAAGUCCUUGGUUUUCUCUUGGUAAUACUACAGUGAUAGAAAGCGAUACUGAAGAAUCCAACACUACAACAACUACAGAGCAAUCAUCGACAGAAACUACAACCGAAAAAGAGUCGGGCAUCUUUGGAGGUGGAUUAUUUGGUAGCUUUUUCAGUUCCGAAACUACAACUACAGAGUAUCCCACCGCUACUACUCCCAUAGUAAGUGUAACAACUACAACGACCAGUGCCCCUAGUGAAACAACGCAAACUCUGGAGACCAUUGAAAUUACAACAAGUAAUAAUAGGAACAUUGGACCGAACAAUGAGGAUAAUUUUCCACAACCUGCUCCAGUACCAGCCAAUACAUUACCUCCACUUGUUAAUUUUCCAAGUUCUUCUCCUCGAUAUGAUAUAUACAAUACAGAUAGGUUGGAUGAGACAACAACCACUAGAAGACCCCUUCCCAGCUUUCCUGAAGACAAUGAUGAUGAAGAUGACCUAUAUGGUUCCGGUGAAAGAUCUUCUGGAGAUGGAGAAACUACUACCCCUGAAAUAAUCCCUACUGUUAAGCCAUCAGAUGUUAAGGGUUACUACCGCAUCACCCUGGUUGUCAGAGAGCCAUUCAUUAAACAAUACAAUGAUCGUAACAGCUUUGAAUAUAACGAAUUUUCUGAUCAUAUCAAGGCUGCAAUCGAAGAUAUAUAUGAGUCAACUCCAGGAAUCAGUUCACUAUCUGUUAUCAAUAUUCAGAAACGGCCGUCAGAUCCUUUCACAUCGAGAGUCAUCCUUGACUUGGGAAUUAGCACGCCACCAACUGCAGAUGACCAGCUCAAAAACAUCCUGCUGGACCAUCUUCGUGAGAAACGUAGGAUUGGCCGCUAUGAAGCACUAACAGACGAGUUCAAUUUCUUCAAAUUUGAUGUACAUCGCACAUGUCAAGAAUACGAAAUACCCUGUCUAAGCGGAGGAUGCUUCAAUGCAACUUCCCGAUGCAACGGUAUAAACGAUUGUUCAGACAGUUCGGAUGAAGAGGGAUGUGAAAUUCCUACUACCACUACAACAACCACAACGUCAACGACAACCUCCACAACGACCACAACGGAACCUCCAAUAACCACAACCUCUAGCACGACCACUGAACCCAGCUUCGAAGGUAGCGGAGAAGGAAAUUGCAGGGCAGAUGAUGCCCAACCAUGCUCAGAUGGUUCACGAAUCAUCUGCUCUGAUCAGGUUUGCGACGGAGUCAGAGAUUGUAACGAUGGAGCAGAUGAGGAAAAUUGUCAACCUGAUUGUACCAGUGGUGAAUUCAGCUGUGAUUUAACUAGAUGCAUCCAGGCAAAACAACGAUGCGAUGGUACACCAGAUUGUCAUGAUCAGACUGAUGAGCAAGAGUGCUCAACUUGUAGCGGAGAUGCUUUCCAUUGUGACGGCACCAAGUGCUUUUUGUCCAACAAAAAAUGUGAUGGAACCAGAGACUGCUUCGAUGGCACUGACGAAGACAACUGUGUACAUGAAAUAGAAGUAUCACAGUGUAUUUCCGGACAGUUCCAGUGUGACGAUAGGAGUUGUAUAAACGGGUAUCAGAAAUGUGAUAGACGGUCAGACUGUCCCAAUGGUGAAGACGAGUUGAAUUGUCCAGCUGGAUGUAGCUCAGGCCAAUUCGCUUGUGGAGAUGGUAAAUGUAUUCCUCUAGCUGCCAAAUGCGAUAGAAAAUAUGAUUGUCGAGACCGAUCAGAUGAGAAGAAAUGUCCAUGCCUUCUGGACGAUUUCCAUUGUGCAAAUGGCUUCUGUAUACCUCCUCAGCAGAGAUGCGACGGCAUCCACAAUUGUCAAGAUGGUUCAGACGAAGACAAUUGUGCUAGCAUAAAACCAUGCACAGCAGAUGAAUGGCGCUGUUCUAAUGGAAUGUGCAUCCAAAGAUCCUACAGAUGCAAUUCUGUGAGAGACUGUACAGACAAUUCAGACGAAGUCGGUUGCGACCAAUGUAGAAUAGACGAAUUUAAAUGUGAAAAUGGUACCUGCAUCAAUCUUUCCCAAAGAUGUGAUGGUAGAGCUGAUUGUUCUGCUGCAGAGGAUGAAGCAUCAUGUGCAAAAUGCAGAAAUGAUGAGUUCAAAUGCACAAAUGGUCAAUGUAUACCCGUUGGACAACGUUGUGAUAGAAGGCGUGAUUGUGAAGAUGGUAGUGAUGAAAAGUCUUGCAAUGGUCACAACUUAGUAUGCGUGCCAGGUUUUUGGAAAUGCCAUGAUAAUUUCUUAUGCAUUCCAAAAAGUAGACAUUGUGACGGAAAAUUCGACUGUCAAGAUCGCAGUGAUGAAAGACACUGUGGUCAAGCCAGCAAUCUUACAGCAUCCGCUUCAUGUGCCUAUGGGGAAAUUAAGUGUAAGGAUGGAUCAUGCGUUUACGGAAAGAAAUGCGACAGAAUAUUCGAUUGUUCAGAUGGUUCAGAUGAAUCUGAAUGCGAAACGUGCAGUCCAAGUCAGUUCAAGUGUGCUAAUGGCGAUUGCAUCGAAGAAUUUCUCAGAUGUGACUCGAGAAUCGAUUGUAAAGAUGGUUCGGAUGAGAGAGAUUGCGUAUUCUCAUGUCCCGGUGGGCUUUUCCGCUGCACUGAUGGCUUAUGUCUGGACCCAAAACAAAAAUGCGACGGUUAUGCUGAUUGUAAUGAUGGCUCCGACGAAAAAGAUUGCAUUUCGAACACCACACGAUGUAGUCAAAACGAGUUCACCUGUUCGGAUGGAUCCUGUAUACCGGAUUAUUUGAAGUGUAAUGGACAAAAUGAAUGUGAUGAUGGUUCAGACGAAAACGAUUGUCCUUCAUGCCGGGAAGACGAAUACCAGUGCGAGAACGACCAGUGCAUACCAAAGAACAGGGUCUGCGACUCAAGACGCGAUUGUUCGGACGGUUCUGAUGAGUACAACUGCCAGUCGAAACGUUGUUCAUCCUCAGAAUUCAUCUGCGGAGAUGGAAGUUGUAUCCCCAUCUCCUUACAGUGCGAUGGCAAACCUGACUGUAGAGAUAGAACGGACGAGGAAGAUUGUCGAUGCACCUUCGAUCAGUUUCUUUGUGAGAAUGGACAAUGUAUUGAUGGCUCUUUAAGAUGUAACAAUCGUAGAGAUUGUAGUGAUGGUUCAGAUGAACGAAAUUGUCCUACUGAGCCCCCAAAUCCUCCCACAGAACCACCGCCAACUCCUCCAUCAAGAUGCCCAACUGGCUACUUCCAAUGUAGAUCUGGAAACCAAUGUGUGCCAUACUCGCAAGUUUGCGAUGGGCCACCUGAUUGCUCUGAUAUGUCUGAUGAGACUGAUUGUGCUAGACUUGAUUUGAGGACGUAUCCAACUUCCCAAUCAAUCAGAGAAAACGUAUACAAGAGUGAUCGAGAGGUAGUAUUCCAAUGCAGGGAUGAGGGACCUGUACGCGCACCCGUACGGUGGACCAGACCAAAUGGCCUACCACUCCCGCCGGGAUCCAAGGAUAACAGAGGUCGCUUGGAAAUGCCCAACAUCAAAGUGGAACACAGUGGAGAUUACAUUUGCGAAGCAGUUGGAUAUCCUCCCACCGCAAAGAAUGCGUCAGUCAGAGUACAGUUGACUGUUGAAAGAUGGGUUCCACCACCUACGCGACCACCAACAGCCUGUGCAGCAUCCGAAGCUACCUGUUCAAAUGGUGAUUGCAUCCCGAAAGAUGCUGUUUGUGACGGAAACAGAGAUUGCACCGAUGGCUCUGAUGAAUUACGUUGCAAACCCAACGGCUGUGAACCGAACGAAUUCAGGUGUGCGAACAAACGAUGCAUCCUGAAGACUUGGAAAUGCGAUGGAGACGACGACUGUUUAGACGGCUCUGAUGAAAAAGAAUGUGAACCCAAUCCACCGGGAUCGAUGUGCUCCUAUCACCAUUUCGCAUGUCAUUCGAACAACCAGUGCAUCCCCAAGAGUUUCCAGUGUGACUUGGAAAGAGACUGCGUGGAUGGAAGUGAUGAAAUAGGAUGCUCCAAACCUGUCAUAUCCAGACCAGCACCACCUAUGGUAACAUUAUCUAUUGGAGAUCUCUUCGAAAUUUCAUGUACAGCUGUGGGUGUACCUGUUCCCUUGAUAAAUUGGAGACGUAACUGGGGACACAUACCGGCAAAAUGUCGAACUACCAGCAUUGAUGGAGUCGGUACUCUAUCCUGUCCAAACAUUCAGCCUGAAGACCAAGGAGCCUAUUCUUGCGAAUCUAUCAACAUCAAAGGAACCACAUUCGCAAGUCCCGACACAAUAUUGAUGGUUAAGACUGAGAAUGUCUGCCGACCAGGAUAUUUCAAUAGCGAUGCCCGGUCUGAGGCAGAAUGUAUCAAGUGUUUCUGUUUCGGACACGGUGGUCAAUGUAGGUCUGCAGACCUCUUCAUUUAUCAUUAUCAACCACCAUUCGACAACCUGAAAAUCAUGGGAGUUAGAGUAGACCCUAUUACUGGAGCGGUGUCAAUAAGGGAUGAACCAAUUUACAGGAAUUCUGCACCUCAACUCACCCCGGUAGGCCUACAGGGAGUUAACAGUUACUUGCCUUCAGCUGAACCAAUCCAGCCCAACCUCGUUCCAUAUUUCGCAAUGCCAGAAAAUUACCAUGGCAACCAACUCAAGAGUUACGGUGCUUAUCUUAGGUACACCGUGAAUCAUGGCAACAGAGCCUAUGAAGUUCCUGGACCAGAUGUCAUUCUAACUGGAAACAACUAUGUCCUUCUUCACCAGAGCAGACAAGCGCCGGAAAGUUACAGAGAUGAAAAUAGAGCUGUUAGGUUCUUUGAAGGUGAAUGGGUGAUCAAGUCAGAUAAUGCCCCUGAAAGGGUAGCUACCAGAGAGGAAAUCAUGAUGGCCUUGGCAAACAUCAAUAACCUCCUGAUAAAACUGCAGUACAACGAAGGUGCACUGAAUACAACCCUGUCUAAUAUAGUAAUGGAAUCUGCGGCCGUGCCUGACAACAAUUUAGGAGCAGCAUCCUAUGUUGAAGAAUGUACAUGCCCUGUGGGAUAUUCAGGACUAUCUUGUGAAAGAUGUGAUGACGGUUACGAAAGACAAAGUAAUGGACCCUGGCUUGGACAGUGCUACAAAGCGAAAAAAGAAUGUCCACCCGGUACCUAUGGUGAUCCUGAACGCGGAAUAGAUUGUCAGACUUGUCCAUGUCCUCUAACUAAUCCUUCGAAUCAGUUUGGAAGGACAUGUUAUCUUGGCCCAGAUGGUGACGCCGUAUGCGAUUGUCCUAUAGGUUACUCUGGUAGACGCUGCGAACAAUGCAGUGCUGGCUAUGAAGGUGACCCAACAGUACCUGGGGAUUCCUGCAGGCCUCGACCUCAAGAGCUCUGCAGCAAAGCUGGAUCUAAAGAAGCAUAUCCUAUUGAUGGGAAAUGUAACUGCAAGGAUAAUGUUGAUGGACCAACUUGCAACCAAUGUAAACCUAAAACAUUCGAUCUUAGCGUUGAGAAUCAAUUUGGAUGUAUCUCCUGCUUUUGUAUGGGCGUUUCGUCUCAGUGUGUCAGCUCCACUUGGUACAGAGAUCAGUUAAGCUCAGCAUUCACUAGCUCAACCAACGACUUCUCCAUUGUUGAUAUAGAUGACAGGGAUACUGCAAUAACUGACGGAAUCCAACUAGACUCCCAAACACGACAAAUUCUUUACAGCUCAUUCUCAUCGCAGAAUGUCUUCUAUUGGUCAUUGCCUCCAAGGUAUCUAGGAAACAAGUUGACAUCGUACGGAGGUUUCCUUAGGUACACCUUGAAACAUGUACCUUUGCCUGGAGGUCAAAGUUCCAGAAAUUCUGCGGCUGACGUUCAACUUAUCAGCAAAAACCACAUCGAUUUAUUGUAUUAUGCUAAAGAACAAUCUCCACCGAGUAACGAGGCUCAAACCUUUAUCGUUCCAUUAUUAGAACAAUACUGGCAGAGAAGUGAUGGACAAGUAGCUGACAGAGAACAUUUCCUGAUGGCAUUGGCUGACUUGAAGGCCAUAUAUAUAAAGGCAACUUACACUACAAACACAAUGGAGGCAGCACUUGUGUCGGUAUCUUUGGACACUGCCAAUGUCCGGAACACAGGAUCGCCAGAAAGAGCUUCUGCAGUUGAACAAUGCUACUGUCCCGAAGGAUACAAAGGAUCAUCUUGUGAAGAUUGUGCACUUGGAUAUACUCGUGGUGUGAAUGGACUAUAUCUAGGUAUUUGCGAACCCUGCAGCUGCAAUGGACACUCCAACGAAUGUCAUCCAGAAACUGGAGAAUGUAUCAAUUGCAGAGAUCAUACCACAGGAAGAUAUUGUGAAAAAUGCUUACCAGGCUAUGAAGGUGAUCCUCAGAAAGGCAUACCAUGCCGAUACAGAGAAGGAACCUGCCAGUGCGAUCCUAGAGGUUCAUUAUCAAAUGACUGCUACAACGGAGUGUGCAGUUGUAAACAAAACGUCCAAGGAAAUUUGUGUGAUAGAUGUCGUCCAGGCACUUUUGGAUUGAGUUUUAACAACGUUGAAGGUUGCCAAACUUGCUUCUGUUCUGGAGUGGCAAGGGAAUGCAGUGAGAGUAAUCUGUUCAUUGAACAAAUUCCCACACAAAUCUUGGAUCAAAAUAAUCAUGGAUUCACUCUAACUGAUCAAAACUUACAGAGGAGGAUCACGGACAAUUUCCAAUUCAACUUCGCAAUCAACGAAAUUUCCUACAGAUUCGGACCUGGCGAAUCCAGGUUGUACUGGUCCAUGCCACAAAUUCUAACUGGAAAUCAGAUCAGGUCGUACGGUGGCAAGUUGGAGUUCCGUCAGAGGUUCGAAGAAUAUGGUCGUGGUAGACCCAUACAAGAUCAAGACGUCAUAAUAGUUGGAGAGAAACUGACUAUUUAUUGGACCAAUCCGGUUCCUUUGACUCCCGGUAUUCAGAAUAAAAUCUCUGUUACCUUGAGUGCAUCAGAAGGAUGGCAACGACUGGACAGAAUGGCUGGACCCCGACCUGCAUCUCGAGAAGACAUCAUGAUUGCUUUGUCGAAUGUUAGAGAAAUACUCAUAAGGGCACAACCGACUGACUCGACCCAGUCAUCGUCAAUAAGCGAUGUUACUUUGGACACCGCCAUCGAACCUAGUACAUCAAAGGGGACAGCAACUAACGUCGAAAUGUGUCGAUGCCCUCUAGGGUAUGAAGGAACCUCUUGCGAAUCUUGUGUACUAGGAUACUACAGAGAUGUGGAAGAUACAUCUGGAAGUCGUUUAGGCACCUGCGUCCGAUGUCCAUGUACUGAAAAUGCCCAUGGAUGUAGCAUGGGUCCCGACAACUAUGUCGUAUGUCAUUGUACCCAAGGUUAUACAGGCAGUAGAUGCGAGAAUUUCGGUGUAAAAAUCGAGAUGAAACCACAAAAUGUGGUCAAACCAGAAGGUACAGUGGUAUCAUUUAGUUGUAACUACACGCAUCAGGACUUCUUACAAUUAAGCGUUAUGGAAUAUGGAACUGUCAGGGAAGUAACUUAUGAGCCAUAUAUCAAGUGGACCUCCACUGUUGAUUGCAGUCCCCACAUUGUCCAAUGCCUGCUCAGAACGAAGGAAAAUAACAUUGUAGGCUUGAUUUCAACGUUGAUCUCGCCGCUCGGAAGAGGCGAGCAAAAUACCACUGAUACUAACGGUGGUUCAAGCAACAGGCCCCCAGUCACUAUCAAUGUAACUGUAACUGCCCCAAAUAUUAGGAUUUUCGAGAUUGGAAGCACUUUGCGUCUCAAUUGCUCAGCAAUAUCUUACAGGACACAAAGUCCUGCAUUAAUUCACUGGACCAAAGACGGUGGCCCUCUACCAGAAACUGCAAUAGAUGAUGGAAGAGGCAUCCUCAUCAUCACCAACCUAAAGGUCUCUGACUCUGGCAGAUACAUUUGUGAAGCUCAGGAUGGUUAUUCCAUCGUUACAAAAGAUGUGACAGUCACAGUAGGCACGUCAGCUCCUGUUCGUCCUCGAGUCGUGGUCAACAACCCCUAUGUGGAUGUCAAAGAGGGACAGAGAAUAGAAGUCCAAUGUGCAGCAUCAGGAAAUCCUACCCCCAACUUCAUUUUACAACGCGCAGAUAAUCAGUUAUUGAAUCCAAGGCACUACUUCGAGAACGGCAUCUUCAGAAUUGACGAGGCAACCUUGUCAGACGCUGGACGUUAUAAUUGUAUCGCUGAGAAUCCAUACGGAUCUGAUACAGCAACUUUCGAUGUAGAUGUAAGAAUUGGCAGUCUUGUUCAAGUAACUAUCGAACCAUCCUCUGUAAGGGUCACUUCCGGACAAUCAUUCAGUCUGAGAUGUCUGUCUCAAAACUAUCAAAACGCGAGAUGGAGCAAAGAAAACGGUCGUCUACCAUACAACGCCCGAGAAGAAGGGGGCUUACUCAUGGUGUCUAACGCAAAUCAACAAGAUUCUGGCGUCUACGUCUGUACUCUUACUGAUUCUUCUGGAGCAUCAGGCCAAGGCUCAGCUAUCGUUGAAGUAAUUGAAAGUGAAGGAGAGUUUCCAACAGUCAGAGUAGCACCAGAAACACUCAGUAUCUCCAGAGGGUCAUCAGCAGAGUUGAGAUGCGAUGCAUAUGGUUCACCCACACCAACCAUACAAUGGACCAGAGUAGACAGGAGUAUGACGGAUCAUGUGGAACAAAUUGGUUCGGUGUUAUACAUAAGAAACGCCGAUGAAUCUGAUGUUGGUACUUACGUUUGCGUAGCCGUCAAUUCUAAGGGGUUGGCACGUGCUCACGUUACUGUUUCAGUCACCAGGGGCAUGGUUCCUAUCGUUAGAAUUUACCCAAAUUCGACACAGAACGUUAUUGAAGGCCACUCAAUUGAUUUGGAAUGUAUCACAGAAGGGGGAAGUCCUGCUAGAGUGAUGUGGGGUAGAAGAAAUGGCAUGCCUCUAGGAAGAGAUGUUGAGCAGCUCCAAAGGGGAACCCUAAGGUUCAACAGGGUAUCCAAGAACGAUGAGGGAGAAUACAUUUGCACUGCGGAAAAUGAAGCUGGAACAGUUUCAGCCUUGGCUAGCAUUUACGUCCAAACUCCUCCAGAAAUUCGAAUUGAACCGAACGAGAAAGUCAUUUACAGAAGGAUCGGAGAACCUCUAACGAUUCAAUGUAUGGCUAGUGGUUCACCUGCGCCAUCUGUUUCGUGGUCCAAAUAUCCCGCCGCAUCUAUAAUAAGCGGUUCUGCGCCUUCUCUCAGAAGGGAUUAUGCUGUGCUCCAAUUCAGACAGCUAACAAGAAAUGACGAAGGCGUUUAUAUUUGUCAAGCUACUAGUGAUGCAGGAACUACUCAAACACAAAUUCAGCUAUUUUUGGAGUCUCUACCAACAAGAGGUGACAUUACCGGUGAAGAUGCUACAUCAGGUAAUGGCUACAGAGAUUUGAUUCCUUCCGGAAAUGACAAGGACGUCAAUAAAUAUACAGCUCCGGAAGGUACACAGGCAGAACUGAGAUGCUCUAUUGCUCCUCUCAACAACGGCUUAGAACAAGUGGAUACCAAAUGGGUGAGAGCAAAUAAUUCACCAUUACCGGAAAAUGCGUUCGUACGUGGAGGAACAUUGUUUAUCGAUAAUGUCCAGGAAUCGGCCAAGGGUUUAUACAGCUGUUUGGGUACAAGGAGAUCAACAGGACAACUAUUAUUCACCUUGAAUGCAUAUUUAGAUGUCAUAUCACCUCCUAAUAUAACACUGGAACCAAAGAGACAAGUAGUACAACCUGGCGCUAAUGCCUACAUUCAGUGCAGCGCUACUGGCCAACAACCCAUAACAAUUACUUGGUCCCCUAUGGGGCGAGAAUUCCCAUCAUCAGUCAGUGUAAGGAAUGGUCUCUUACAAUUCAAUAACAUCAAACUCAGCGACGCUGGAAGAUACCGUUGUACAGCAGUAAACUCAGCUGGUGAAGCAGAUGCAGUUGCAGACGUUUUCGUUCAAGAAACCAGAUACAGGCCAUCAAUUACAGCCAUCAACAAAUCUCCUGUGGUUCCUGUAGGAUCUUCUGUCACACUGCAAUGUCAAAUUGAGAACAGCACCAGCGGUGAUAUCCGUUGGUCCAAAGAAAAUGCGCCUCUUCCACAAAACUCAUACAUAACUCCAGAAAGGAACUUACAAAUUAAUAAUGCACAACCAUCAAACGAAGGAAGGUAUUAUUGUGAGAUCGCUGGUUACGCAAAAGAUUUUGUGGACCUCAUAGUAACAGAUGCGCCAUGGGUUUGCUCACCUGACCAAUGGCAAUGUAGGAAUUUCAACUGUAUAUCCUACAAGAAAAUCUGCGAUGGAAGAGACGACUGUACCGAUGGAAGUGACGAAGUGGAAUGCAAAGCGAGAUAUCGACGGGUGUCACCACCAGAAAUGAAUCAACCUAUGUUGAAUAUUUCACCACCCGAAAGGGAGUACAGAAUUGGCGAAGAUAUUGAUAUACAUUGUCAGAGCAAUCAGCCAGGCGCAAUCACAACUUGGUCCAAACCUUCUGGAUGGUUAGAUGAUAACGUCCAGAGCGUUGGCGGCACUUUGAGAAUUUUGAAAUUGAAACAGGAAAAUGCUGGAGUUUACAGAUGUGAAGCACAGGGUUACCAAGGAGUUUAUCAUAAGGACUACAACCUCCAAAUCAUAGAGGAUAACUCUAACUCCAAAACUGAAGUAGAGACUAAGAUAGCCCCUAAAGGUUCCGGUGUUGUACUAGAAUGCCGAACAAAUCUUCAAGAACCAAUCACUUAUGUUUGGUCCAAAGCUGGUGGAGAGUUGCCAAGAUACAUUGAUCCCAACUCGAGAACCAUUCAGUUGAAUGAUCUGUCAAGCUCUGAUGCCGGAGCUUAUUUGUGUUCAGCCAAAGACAACUACAGGUCCGUUGAAGUACCGGUAAUACUAGUCAUAACAGGCAUUGUCCCAUACUUUUCACAAGCACCAGUUAGUUAUAUUGCUCUUCCAACGCUCAUGGAUCCUUACAUACAAUUCAGUUUCGAAAUAUCCUUCAAACCAGAAAGGGAAGAUGGCUUGAUAUUGUACAAUGGAAACAAACUGGGAGAACGUGGUGGUGACUUCAUUUCACUCUCAUUAGUGGAAGGAUCUCCAGUAUUCAAAUAUAAUUUAGGCUAUUCAGUCACCACAAUCAGAAGUGCUCCAAUUUCAAUCGGCCAAUGGCAUACAGUUAAAAUUGUCAGGAACAGAAAGAAAGUUACAAUGUAUGUUGACGGAGAAGGACCACAUACAGCUAUUGCUGAUGGAAAAUUCAUUGGAUUGGACCUUAGAGAAAACUUAUAUUUGGGUGGUGUACCAAGAUUCGACAGAAUAUCACCGGAAGUUGAGAUGGACACAGGAUUUGUAGGAUGCAUAAGUCGAUUCAAGAUGGGACAUGCUGUACAAGAUAUAGUAAGAGAUGCCAUAGAAAAAGAGGGGGUCACUAACUGUGAGACUUGUUCAGAGAAUCGGUGUCAGAACAAGGGUGUUUGUCAAGAAUCAUUAACGAACGAGGGAUAUGUAUGCAUUUGCCAUUCUGGCUUCAGUGGGGCCACGUGUAACAAACUGAAGGGUGAAGCUUGCUCCCCAUAUUCUUGCGGAACCGGCAGAUGCGUUGACAAUGAAGAAGGCUUUGAAUGUAUGUGCCCCAUGGGAAAAACUGGCCCACGAUGUGAAAGGGAGAUCCAGAUUGAUCAACCAGCUUUCAAUAAGAAUGCCUUCAUUGCCUACAGUGUACCAAAACAAAGGCGACUCAAAUAUUCCAUGAAAUUCAAGCCCAACAGUACCGAAGACGGUGUUUUGCUGUACUGUGGAGAAACUGAGGAGGGCUAUGGAGACUUCGCAAGUUUGACCAUGAAGGAUCAACACGUUGAGUUCAGAUUCGAUGUAGGAAACGGGCCUACUGUAAUACGAAGCCCGCGGCAGAUCAAUGUGGGAGAAUGGGUGGCUGUGACAGCUAGUAGAAGUCUGAGUGAAGGAAGAUUGAUAGUUAGUGGUGAUGCUCCAGUUGUUGAAAGAUCGCCAGGAAAUAACAAAACGCCUAAUCUCUUAACUUACCUUUAUGUGGGAGGUGUUGAUAAGCAGAAGGUUAAAGUGAAUGAAGGAGUUGGCGUUUCGUCUGGAUUCGGAGGUUGCAUAUCCGAUGUGAAUAUUGGUGGCACUGAAAUACACAUGAUUCAGUCUGCAGUGGAUUCGUCGAAUAUCCAAGAUUGUAGUAGUGUUGUUCGCGACAAUAACGACGUUAACAAUAAUUACAUCGACAACGAAAGAUCGUCACCCACCCCUUACAACUACCACGAGACGGGUUGUUCAAGCAGCCCUUGCAGAAAUGAUGGAAUCUGCAUGCCCUUGUCCCCCACUCAAUACCGAUGCAAUUGCGUGAAUGGAUAUAGCGGAAAAGACUGUGAAGCGGCUCCCAACCAAUGCGAUUAUCUGAAACCCUGUCAAAAUAAUGGUGCUUGUAAAGGAAACACCACUAACUACUCCUGUGACUGUCCUCUUGGAUUCACUGGUACAAACUGUGAACAAAGAGCUGAAUUAAAGACUGAUGCCCACUUUGAUGGCAACGGAUAUUUGGAGUUUGGCAGGGAUAUGCUGCCACACCAGAGCGAGAAUGAAGAAGAAGUGAUAGCUUUAGAACUAUCAACCAACAGCUCGAAUGGUCUCAUUUUAUGGCAUGGACAAUCUCCAAACCAAGAUGCACAAGGACAAGAUUAUUUGGCCUUAUCUUUGGAAAAUGGCAACUUACAAUUCAGCUACGAUUUGGGUUCUGGCCCCGCAAUCAUAUACAACAACGAGGUCAAAGUUAACGAUGGCGAAAGGCAUUUGGUGAUCCUUAAGCGACGAGGAAAGUCCGGUUCUAUAGAAAUAGAUCGUCAAUAUACCCAGAGUGACAUCUCGGUUGGAAGUGCCACGUCCCUUAACUGUAGGGGAAACAUCUACUUGGGUGGCACGCCUGAUAUAAACUUCAUGACUGCAAAUAGAUACAGAAACGGAUUCGAAGGAUGCAUACAUAACUUUGAAUUGCAAGGAAGUCAACAAAUCGAUCUUGGUCGAAGAGCAAUUUCUGGUCUUAACGUCAAAGCUUGUUCGAGAUACGAAGGAAUAUAUUCUCAUGACGAUCAGGAAGAAGAUAAUUUCACAAACUGAAUACUUUAUUAGGCAGUCCACUUUUUUUUGUAGAGCAGAUCUUUAUAUUUCUUGAUCCAAUUGAGUGUUCACUCUGUCUGUGUUCAUUUUAUUGUUUUUAUGACUAUUUCUAUAAGCUAAUUAUUCUAAGGCUUUCGUUCUUACAUAAGUUUAAAUGCUCCAUUUCUGUUCUGUAUAUUUUUCAACUGCCAUUUUUCUGGUCCCUUUAUAGUUAUUUUUGUAUAAUUAAAUAAAUAUACAAUGUACAUUUAAGAUUCGUGCCAUUUUAGUGAUAGAUUAGAAUGAAAUUCUAAUAUUGAAAACUAUUGUAUACCAACCUCGAGAGGGAUAUCAAAAGUGACGGUCCAAGAUUUGUACUUUUGAGAAAGAUUAAUUUUUAUCUUUAUAUUGGUGCUAAAUACAAUUGAUUCAGUUCGUGCUUGUUGCUGUAUUUUUGUUACACUUGAUUUUUGUAUUAUUUUAUCGACAGGAUAUUCGUGAAAUUUUAUUUUGUUACUUGAAUUUUGUUGAGAUUUCAUUCCGUUCAUCCGUGGAAGCGGAAAUGUUUAAUCAAAUUUUUAAAUUUUUAUCCUAUUUCGGAACUUAAAUUAUGUUUAAAUUAUUUUCUUUAAGUAGCGAAUAAAAAUGCCUUCUGAUAAUAAAGUGUAAUUAACUCUUCAUUAUAUAUUAAGCAUUUUCAAUAACUCAAGACAAUAAAUAUGGAAUAAAUUGAAA